AGAAACUGAUAGACCCUAAAAUAUUUUUUCCCCCUUUGUAUGCGUAGAACCCUUCUUUCCAUCAAGGAUGGAUUGGAGCGCCUGGAAACGAUCCAGGUAGGAGGAUCAUCACUCUACGCGUCUCUCAUCCAAUGCUGCGGCGCCGCCAAGGCGAUCGAGGAGGGCCGCCGCGUCCACCGCCAUCUCCUCCGCUAUGGCUAUGGCGGCAACACGUUCUUGGGAAAUCUCCUCAUCCAGAUGUAUCGCCAGUGCGGCAGCAUGGAAGAAGCGCGAUCCACAUUCGAUUCCAUGGCCAAGAAGGACGUGGUGUCGUGGAAUGCGAUGGUCUCGGGGUAUUCUCAGGCCGGACAGGGAAGAGAGGCGCUAGAUCUCUACCAGAGGAUGGAUUCCGAGGGCGUGGAGCCGAAUCGAGUGACGCUGCUGGGCGUGCUGGGCGCCUGUGGAAAUUCGCAGCUCUUGGCCGAGGGAAGAUCGGUCCACUCGCGAAUCCGAUCGUCUAGGAGGGAAUCGGAUCUUUCUCUAGAGGCGGCCCUUGUGACGAUGUAUGCCAGGUGUGGGAGCUUGCAAGAGGCCGAGAAAGUUUUCGAUGGGAUCUCCCGCAAGAAUGUGGUGUCCUGGACUGCGAUGCUCACAGCGUAUGCCCAGACUGGGCAUUUUCACAAGGCAGUGGAGCUCUAUCAGAGAAUGGAUGUAGAGCCCAACAAGAUCACAUUCGUGGCAGUCCUCACAGCGAUUUCCAGCUUGGGCGAUCUCAAGCUCGGGGAAAGAAUCCACGCAAGGAUUGCUGCCUUGAAGAUCCAACCGGAUGGUCCUCUCGGGAACGCUCUCAUCACCAUGUACUCGAGAUGCGGGAGGAUCGAUCAGGCGAGAAAAGUUUUCGAUGGGAUAGAGCGCAAGGACGUGAUCACUUGGACGUCGAUGAUCACGGCUUACACUCACAGCGGGAGAGCUAGAGACGCUGUGGAGCUUUACAGCAAGAUGGACGUGGAACCAAACAGCGUGACUUACGUAACCGUUCUCAGUGCUUGCUCGGUCCUGGGCGAUCUCGAUCAAGGCAGAAGAGUUCACUCCCGAGUGACUUCAUUGGAUCUGCGGGAUCCAGCGCUCGGGACUGCGCUCGUCUCGAUGUAUGGGAACUGUGGCGGCUUGCUGGACGCCAGGAAAGUUUUCGACGGGAUGGAAGAGAAGAACAUCAUGUCCUGGAACGCUCUUCUCGGAGCUUACGCACACUUUGGUGGGAAAGACCAGGCUGCGGAGGCACUGGAUUUGUUCCGGGAGAUGGAGCUUCAAGGAGUCCGUGGCAACGCAGUGACUUUGAUUUGCUUGCUCGGGUGGUGUGCCAACGUUGGAGCUUUGAAACACGGCCGGGCGAUCCACCAGCGAGCCAGAGCUGAGAGCCUUCUUCCGGAUAGAAACUUGGAGACCGCGGUCGUCAACAUGUACGCGAAGUGCCACAGGGUCGAAGAAGCUCGUCGGGUGUUUGACAGCAUGGAACUCAGAGACGUGGUCGCCUGGACGUCGAUGAUCGCAGCUUACACACAGGAAGGCUAUCACCCCGAAGCCAUGGGACUCUACAAGAGCAUGCUUCGCGACGGGGAGAUAGAACCAAACAGCGUCACUCUGGCUGCUGUUCUCGGCUCGUGCUUCGACCUUGAAGACGGCAAAGAGAUCCACAGCCGAGCAGUGGCGACCAGGAUGAUAAAGUCGGAGCUCGUCCAGAACUCACUGCUCAACAUGUACGCAAAGUGUGGCAGCCUGGAGGAAGCGAGCAAGUUCUUCGAGUCCAUGGACGAGAGCUCCCGAACGGUGGUCAGCUGGAACAUCCUCCUCACGGCAUACACGCAAGCUGGACGCGAAAGGCAAGCCAUCGAUCUUUACAAAAGAAUGGUGGAGACGGAAAGAGUGGAGCCGGAUCAAGGAGCCAUCGCCGCGGUUCUAGCAGCGUGCUCGAGCCUGGGAGACUUAAACCAGGCCAAGGAACUCCUCCGCCAUCUCCACUCCAACGCCAACUUGGAGGCGAUGACGAGGAAGAACAUUGUGGUGGAGAACGCGAUCGUGAACUUACACGCCAAGUGUGGCUUCCUGGACGAAGGGAGCCGGAUCUUCCACAGGAUGGAGCAUAAGAACUUGGUGUCCUGGACGGCGAUGAUAGUGGGAUUCGCGAAGCACGGCCACGCCGAGGAAGCCAUGGAAAUGUACAGGAGGAUGGAGCUCGACGGCGCCGAGCCGGACGACGUGACUUUCAUCACCAUCUUGGUGGCGUGCUCCCACUCGGGCCUCAUCUCCAGCGGCCACGAGUGCUUCACGUCCAUGGCCGCCGAGUGGGAGAUCGCGCCCCGGAUGGAUCACUUCGUGUGCCUGGUGGAUCUUCUCGGCCGCGCGGGCUGGCUGGAUCAAGCGCAGGAGCUCGUGGAGACGAUGCCAUUCGAGCCGGAGCCACUGGCGUGGACGACGCUGCUGGGGGCGUGUAAGAUCCACCACGACUUUGAUCGCGCGAGGGUUCUCGAGGAGCUUGUUCUUGAGCGAACUCCACAAGAGUGUGGCUCCUCCCACGUCCUACUCUCCAACAUUUACGUGGAGUCCUAAUAGUCAAUGCUAGUCAGCGAGUCCACUGUGGUCACUGUGAUUAAUGUCGUUGACUAGCUAGUCAAUGGUCGAUAGUUCGUCUACGUGGGCUCCUACUAAUCAACGAUGGUCAGCUAGU